AUUAGACAAUAAGCCUGUUGGUAAUAAAAUUUGUUUAUAACAUUUUUUAUUUUUAUUUGAAUUCUAGGAAAGUUCCUGAUAAUAUGAAAUUCAGUAUGAUUGAGAGAUGGUCUACACACCCACUCUUAGGCAAAGUUUUCGCGGAGAGAAUUGAAGAGAAAUUAGAGUUGUUCGAUAGAAAAAUUAGAGAUGACGUUCUUAUAUUGUUCACAGCACACAGUUUACCCUUAAAGGCAGUUUCUCGUGGUGACACAUAUCCGUAUGAAGUGGCUGCCACUGUGGCUGCAACUAUGGCGCAACUAAGAGCGCCUAACGCGCAUCGACUCGUGUGGCAGUCUAAAGUUGGUCCGUUGCCAUGGUUACAGCCGUACACAGACGAUGCUAUUAAGGCGUAUGUGAAACAAGGCAGGAAGCAUUUGAUAUUGGUGCCUAUAGCGUUUGUGAACGAACAUAUUGAAACACUCCACGAGCUGGAUAUAGAAUACUGUGAUGAAAUAGCUAAGGAGGCAGGCGUUAUACAAAUUGAAAGAGCUUUAGCUCCCAACGAUCAUCCAACGUUCAUAGCGGCUCUAGCGGACGUGGUUGCCUCGCAUCUAUGCAACGGACCGACAAUAAACAACCAGUUCUUGACAAGGUGUCCACAUUGCGUCAGUAAAAGAUGUCAAACUUCAAAAGAUUUCUUCAGAAAGUUGUGUAGCUCUACAGACUUCAACUUGCAGACUGUGACGUCAUAAUUUUUAUAAAAAGCCAAUUGCAAUAUUAAAAUCUAAAGGAAUUCACAUUGUCUUCUUAAUU